AUGGAAAAGCAAAAAGCUCCAGGAAAGAGCGCCCUAAGAUCCAAAAGCCAUUUUAAUAAGAUAAAACAUAGUCAAAAGAACCAAAAGAGUAAAGUUCAUCAGAGUAAACAGAAGAAGGAUUAUAAACUCUCAUCAGAGGCCACUGAUAGAGAAAUGAAUGAUCUUCUCGGUUUUGAUCUCGAAGGCAACUCAAAUGGUGAGCUUUACAAACAAGAGGAAAUAUUGCAGAUGAUCAAUUCAAGCAAUCAAGGAAAGCCUUAUGAUUAUGACUACGAUGCUAAUUCGGAAUAUCAGUCAGAUUAUUUCCAUCCGCCCCAGAAGAAUAUGCUAGCUCAAUCUUCGAAUCCCUUGAUAACAAGGAAGGAUCCGAACAUGUAUAAUCCGAUUACUGGCAGUUAUGUAGGGAAAAUGAAGCAUCAAACAAAAGAUUUAGAAGAGUCUUAUGGCUCAUCUGAUAGUUCAAUGCCUGAAAAGGUAGUUGAGAAACAAAUGGCCUUUCGUAAAGAGCCCAGAAGAUUGAGAAAGGUCAAAAAGGAGCCUAAAACUCCUGAACAAAUUGAAGCAGAGAUGCAGGAGGUCUUUGGCAAAGUUGAGAAAGGCGAGAUUAGCCAGGAAGAAGCUAAUGCAAUCAUUCUAUGUCUCCUUGGUGAAGAAGAAGGGGAAGGAGAAGGUGGCGGUGGAGGUGGUGGCGGUCCUGAAAGCGAAAACGAAUCAGACACCAGAGAUAUUCAAUACCAAAAAGAAGCAAAACAAUUUGACUCAUCUGACUAUGAAAGCUCAAAGAUUGCUGAGGAAGAGGAAAUGAGAGAAGCUCAGUUAAGAGAGAAAGAGUUCAUGGAAUCUAGGAAAGAAUCUGAGAGGAGGGCACCUCAAAGAAAAUAUAGGAUUGGAAAUAGUUCACCUAAAGCAGGUUAUUCUUUACAAGAGCUGGACAAUCUUUCUGAGAAUCAAUUUGAAAGCUUUGAAUCUUUGGUCAAUUGGUUCCCACAAUUAAGAAUUCUGACUGUAACUGAAAAUGAAAUUUAUAUCCUUGACUCUCAAAAUAACAAAAUCCUCAGAAUCGAUAAACAAAAGCUAAUAGAAAGCUUAUUUGAUCUCAGAAUAAGAGAAAAUGCCAUAAAUGAUGAUCCAGGUCCGGGAGGGAGAGGUCUAAGAAAUCAAAUUAUGCCCGGGAAUAACCCUCAACCAAAAUUUUACGACAUGUCAGAACAAGAAAACGAUGAAAGCGAAGGCGUCAUGGAUUUCAUGAGCAUUGAAAAUAAACCAGUCAGUCUUAAAGAAGUCGAAGUGGCCAAAACUCACAAUAUAAGUCCUGUAGGUGGCAGGAGAUCCAAGAAUCCGAACCUAAGUAAUAUCCAGAUGUACCCUCAGAUGAUGAUGCAUCAAAGGGAUUCUGAGGGGGGCUCAGAUAAUGAUUCUCCAAGCAAUUUUGAUAAUGAUUUUCCUCAGGAGGAUUCAAACAUAAUGAAAAUACCGAAAGGAGGUGAUAGUAUAGUUCCCCCAAAUGCAAAAAUAUCCAUACAGCAAAAUAAAGGCCAAGCAUACAUAGAGGAAGGAUAUUACAGAAAACCUAUUGAGAUGAGCGAUCUUCCUAUUAUCCCUGAAGAGAACAAUUUCAAUUUUGAUCAAGUCAAUCUAGAAGAGCAGAACAGGAUCUUAGCUGAAAUUGAAAAACAAAGGAAACUAGAAGAACGAAAGAACUCACCUAAAAAGCCCAUAAGAAGAAAGCCAGUUAAAGAUCCAAUAGCUCAGUUCAAGGCUCAGGAAGAGAGAAAGAGGGUUAAAACUCUCCAGCAGUCACACAUCCCUGUGAAUAUCCAAAACUUCUCUUACGCACCGCUUGAUUCUGCUCAGAAGGAUACUGAGGCAACCUACAGUCACUACAAAAAGCCUGUCGAUAUCAAGUCUCCUAAGAAAGACAAGAAGUUCAAGAUCAAUAUUAAUAUCGCUGAUGAAAGUGAAGAUCCUAAAGAGCAGAUCCGAAGCGUCAAGCCUACUGUUGGUAACCUCAUGAACUAUGGGAGCCAGCCUUCUUCUGAAAAGGUGAAAAAUAAGCAAAAGGUAGAGAUUAAUGAGGAAAAGAAUGAAGAAAUAAAGGAAAUAAAGAAAGAAGAACCUAAGGAGGAAAAGAAAGAAGAACCGAAGGAAAUAAAGAUAGAAGAGAAGAAAGAGGACGAAUUAGAGAAGAAGAGUGGUUCUCAACCAAACCAAACAGCAAACCUUAAACCUAAACCAUUUAACUUCACAGGCCUUGAUGGCAUGAGUGACAUGCUAAUGGAUGAUUUAGAAGAAGACGAGCCUGAAGAAAUUAAUAUAUCAGAGCAAAAGCCAAACUCUUUCAAUUUUAAUGCAUUAGAGGGUAUGAGUGACUUGAUGAUGGAGGGACUAGAUGAAGGAGCCGAGCAAAGCUCUGACAUGGAUAAUACUCCAGUCCAUUCAAUUAAUAAAGACGGGGUACCCACUGUGUUCUCAAAAUCACAGCUUGUAAAAUCAUCAUUCCCUCAAAUUGACACUAACAGUCAUACUCAAAUUAUUGAAGGAAUCGCAGAUAUUGAUGUCAAAACCAAGAUUAGUGGAAUCAUACUCCAAUUAACAGAAGAACUUAAGAACAGUCAACUUCAGCUAGCACAAAAGAAUAAGAGUAUUGAAGAACUUGCGAAAAGCGGAUAUAAUCCAUUAGACAUGGGUAGUAACAAACUUCAUUUUGCAUUCUUAUUUGCAUCACCCCUUGUCAGAGAAGUAAAUGGGAUUAAUAGAGAAAUAAUGCUACUUGACUGGGCAUGUGAGAUUGAGGAUAUACUUGAUUCCUUAAGGCACCUUAACUAUAACCUCAACUACAAAGUCAGUGUUGGAACAAGAGAAAACCUAAGAAGAACAGUCAUUGAUUGUCCAAUUGCUCUCCAUUUCUCAGGCCAUGGAGUAGAAAACACUAUCGAGAAUUUAGGCCAAUACUCAAUCUUGACGAAGGAGAAAGGCAAUGUGCUGCUUCUCGAAGACUCAAUUGGCAAAACCAACUACUACUUCGAGAAAGAAUUGGAAGACCUAGUCAAAGUCAGAGAGAACAAGUUUGAAGUUGUCUUUGUGUCGUCCUGCCACUCCGAGUUUGCAGGGAAAGUGUUCUUGAAUGCUGGUGCCAAACAUGUAAUCUGCAUCAAGCAGUCUGAGAAAAUAGCAGAUGCAGCUUCUCUGAAGUUUUCUUCAGUGUUUUAUGAGAACUUAUUUGGCAAAGGAAUGAGUGUGUGAGAUGCCUAUGUGACAUCCAAGAACGAAGUGGCCAACGAGAUCAACCCCACUGAAGCAGAGAAGUUUCUGUUGUUUACACAAGAAAGCCAUGGAGAAAGAUUAGAUAAGAAACAUAAAUGUUCAGCCAUCCACAAUCUCACUGAAGGGUGUCUGACUGAUUUAAGUGAAGACCCUCUGUUUGACUAUGUUCCAAACAAAAUGGAAGGCUUCAUCUGCAGAGAAAUUGAAAUGUACCAGAUUACAAGGUUGGUGAGCUCAUCCAAAAUUGUGACGGUCAUUGGGCCUCCAGGAAUUGGCAAAACUAGCAUUGCAAGGAACUUAGCAAACUUCUACAAAGAACGGAGAAUGUUCAGAGACGGAAUCAUAUAUGUUAAGUUGAGAGGAAUCACUUCAUCUCAAAUGUUCUUAACUCAGUUCUCAUUAUGCAUCAGAGCAGCCACUGGAGAGAUUGACGAAGAAAUGAUGAAGAAUGAGCAAGACUUCUUUGAACCAGUCAUGAAGAAGCACUACUCGACUGUUGAAGCAAAGCAGAAUGAAGCGAUAGAUAUCCUGAAAAACAAGCAAGUGUUAAUUGUAUUGGAUAACUGAGAGGAUCCAAUUGAUAAUGAUCAUGAAAAUUUUAUUUACGAGUUAGAAAGAAUUUUAGAACUCUGCUCUAAAAUUAAAGUGUUACUAACCUCAAGGAAACCUCUGAAUGAGCUAGUUCAUAAUGAAGAAAAACUCUUCAAUUUGUAUCCGCUCUCAAAGCAAUCUACAAUUAAACUAUUAUUGCAGAAGCUAGAAGAGGUUAGACCUAUACCUGUACAAGAAAUCAAAGAGCUUGUUGAAUGAAGUAUUCCAGAAGGUAGCAGAAUGGGACAACAUCUCAACCUCAGAUUUAACCCUGAGAGCAAUAAGUUGUUGAAUAAGGAUCAUGCAAACCUCUUGAACCAUCCAUUUAUUCAGUUGCUUGGAGGCCACCCUCAAGCCAUCUCUCUGAUCGUGUCAUUGCUCAGAGACUCCACUCUCAAAGACUUGUUCCUGACAUUCUGUGACUCCAACAUGAUUGAUGUGGUGCAUGAGAACUCUGUACUUGGAAGCCAGACUACUUCACUGAGAGUAUCUCUGGAACUGAGCAUAGCCCAGCUCAGAGAGAAGAACAGAGAUGCUCUUGAUUUGUUCUGUCUGAUCGGGUUGCUGCCUUCUGGAGCUGACAAAGACGAGAUCACUCAGAUUUGGGGAGACAAUUCAUGGAAGAAACUCAAAAAUACUUUAGUUGGGAGUUCACUUUUAAUCCACAGAAAUAACACCACAGAUGCAGACAUCUAUUACAUGCUUCCAUUUAUGUCUGAAAGAGCAUGCGAAAUUUUGGAAGAAGAUAAGAAGCUUCAGAGAGAAUUUCACUUGAAGUGAUGAGCUUUAUAUAAGAGUUACUGCUAUGAAUUCUACAAAUCUGAAAAAUCUAUUGAAGAUAUUGAAGGACUUGCUAGUAUAGAGAGCAAUAUUUGGGCAUGCAUAUACAGAGCGCUGGAAAGAAAUAUAGAAGAGAGAUCAAACGUAGCCCAAGAAUCGGUAACAAAUAGUGAUUCACCAACAUUGUUACGAAAUAAUGUUUCACAAACAUUAGGAGGCGCCACUCUAGGAAAUUCUCCAGGAGAAACUCUAGGGACCACUUCAACAUGAAGACAAGAAGUUGAUAACUUUACAGAUCUGAAAGACCUUAUGUUAGAUGUCGAAGUGUAUAGAUCUGUCUCUAAAUUUGAAAUCAACCAAAUUGUCGACUCGAGGCAUAACCUUAUCACAAAGUUAGAAUGGGAAAACCAGGAUUUCGAUCAUCUUGAUGAAACGCAGGAGGAAUUUUUAAUUGUCUAUUACGCGACAAGUCUUAUAUUCUUGCACAAACUUGAUGAUGCUCUAAAGGCCAUCAACAGUUACAUCUCAAGGCCAGAGAUCUCUCUGAUUGCUAGGGCAAAUUUACAAAAGAUUCAAGGAUUUCUUCUCAUGAUAAGUACUGAUCAUGAAAAUGUGCUUAUUGCCUUAUCAGCCUUCAGAUCCUCUCUCCAGAAUUUCCAAAAUCUGAAGCUAAUAAAAGGAGUAGCUAUAUGCCAGCUUGGUGUAGCCAAAAUCUGCCAUGACAGGUAUAAUGAGCUUGUUAUCGAGAAAACUCCAGAAGAGCAAAAAGAAUUUUUAUCCCAAUGCUUAGAAAUUACAAAUAAUUCAAUCGAUCUUUUUAGAGAAGUGGGCUUUGAAGAAGGACAGAGGCAAUCUACUAAAAUUAAGGAGUCGUUUCUAAAAGUACAGAGCUCUGAAAGUCUCAAUUUUGAGUACAAAUCAAUGAUGCAGGAAGAUAAUUCAGUGUUACUUAGUGUGAUUUGAGGGGGAGAAUAGAAAUACGAAGGAAUAAAUACACUGAUGAUAUUUGAAAUAGAGUGGAUGUCUACUUGAUAUUUGUAGCCAAAUAAAAACAUUUGAGAAGAACACUUAGUGUUCCUCAAAAUUAGCAUCAUCGCUCAGUUUAAAUCUCAACUUA